AUGCCCGUCUCAGAAAUCGACGACAUCUUCGCAACAAAGGGCAAGGCAAAAGCUACUCCCUCUGCACUCGCCUCUACCUCUACGGCUACCGUAGAGAAAAAGAAGAAGAAAAAGGAUAAAAAGCGCAAGCGCGACGUUGACGCCGAGCCCGCUUCCAUUCCUCCUGCCGACGACCCCCCGACUAAGGCGAAAAAGGCGCGCACGGCGCCUGUACCCGAAACAGUCGUCGACACUUCCUCGUCACUGCUUGCUGCUCCUUCUGCCGUCGCUCCUGCCAAGAAGAAAUCAAAAACUUCCGGAACGCUGUUGAAGGCCGCUGCAGCGAAAUCUUCUGGUAGCAAGAAGAGUAAAGACGCCGACGAUGAGGAGGCGCGAUUCAAGGACUCGCGCGGCACUGGUCCCCGACGAAAGACUGAAGAGGGCUUCUUGAUCUUCAAGGAAGAUGAGCUCGGCAUAGACGUCGAGGCCGGAGACACGCCGCUGUGUCCCUUCGAUUGCCAGUGUUGUUUCUAA